CGUCCCAACGAACAGGUUGAUUGCCUUUCAAGAAGAUGAGGUCUACCGGAAACUACCUCGUAAGCCUGCUCUUUUACGCCUUCAUCGUCAACGUAAUUCGUUUGCCUCCGGUGACGUGCCAGGACGAAGAAGGCAGCCAAUGCAUACCAAAGAAGAUGUUCAUGGAGUUGCUGCGUUUACCGGAAGUGAAUUCGAAUUUAGCGGCCUAUUCAAGAACGGCGAGGAUCAUUCAAGAAGCGAAGAACCACAUGGCUCAUCUGAAGGCUCUCAGCUCCGAGGAGAACGACGACGCUGAGAUUUGUAUACCCGGUGACAUUUACUUAGAGCUCUUCAGGAAUCCAAGGUUACGGGAAUAUCUCAAUGCUAUGGCGCGUACUCACAAGCUGCUCGACAUACCCGAACGUCUUCUGGACGAGGAGAUCGAUAUGAUUCCCGAGACAGGAAAACGCAGCCUCGCCACGUUGGCCAAGAACGGCGACCUGCCGGUCACCAUACGCGGCGACGAUCACGAGACCGACGAUGACGACGAGGAGAAGAGGAGCAUCUCUAUUGACGACAAUAUGCGCGAGUUACUGGAGGAUUACGAGAUGGACCGUCGACGAAUGCCUCAGAUCUACGAUUAUCUAUCGGAAGUGGAUCCGGAAGUAAACGAAUACUCGAUGGACAAACGCAACGUUGGCACUUUGGCGCGGGACUUCGCUUUACCCACAGGCAGACGUCACAUAGCCUCUGUGGCACGCGAUUACGGUCUGCCGAGCGGCAAGAGGAAUGUCGGUUCUUUGGCGAGACAGAGCAUGUUGCCGUCAACCGGCAAGAGGAACGUAGCCGCGUUGGCUAGAGACUCCUCGUUGCCUUACGGCAAACGAUAUCUCGGCUCGCUCGUCCGAAACGGCGGCUAUCCACGCAUGUACGACGAGAAUAAACGCAGCAUCGCGUCGCUGGCCAGAAACAGAGACUUCCCGGUGUUCGAGAAGCGAAAAGGCGGCUCGGCGUCGGGCAGAAUGAUGGCGCGAGUGCUUAGUCGUCACGGUCGAUCUCUGAGCGACGAUCGCGAGACGCAAAGCGAACCCUUAGAUCUUCAGCAGCUCAUCCGACAGGGACACAACGGCGACGAGAACGGCAAGGAGAACGCAGCCGGAAACUGGCAGAUCGUUCCUUUCAGCGUUUUGGAGAAUCUGGACGACACCAAGGCGAAGAACAGAUCAAACAGAAGGAUGGACGCUACGUCGCAAACGAGACACAAACGACAGCUCGACUUCUCCGACGAAUAUCCGCUUCCCGUCAUGCAGAGCAACAAUCUAUUCGAUUACGAGGACAUGCUCGAAGCACUCGGAGAUCGCUAUCCGAACGCGGAAAAGAGGUUUUUGGGUUCCGCGUCGGGGAUGCCGACUGACUCGGGCUACCCUGAAGUAUUACAACCGAGUAAGAGACAUAUCGGAGCCCUCGCACGCCUCGGUUGGCUCCCGUCGUUCCGUUCACCACGAUUCUCUCGGUCGCCGCGAUAUCUGGUCGACAGGGAGAAUUCCGCAGAUGGGUCCUCGUCCAACUACACCCCCGACGCGUCGACUCGGUCACUAAGGCCGAUGUUCUCCCCGAAAACUCGCUGCUUGCAGUCCCUGUACGGAGAUUGUCGACACGGCUUCAAGAGGUUCUUAAUGUUACCAGACAUCGAUAACUACCUGCAGACGUCCAACACGCGCAUCGCGUCCCGUACCAUGUAAAAUCCUGAAUAUUGUUUUGCUGUUCACAUUCCGGAGCAGCACCGCCGUACAAAACAAAUUAAAAAAAAAAAAAAAAAAACAUCAGACUCACGCGUGUAAUAAGAACAAAACGAGAGAAGAAAACACACAGUACGCAAAACAAAACAAAACAAAGAACUGUAAAUAAUAUUCGCACAUACUGGGUCUGAUAAUCUUCCUUAUCGAUAUUUGGUCAUUUCUUGCCGGCAACGGAUACGCAUUUCGAUAUUACAAAAUAAUUAAUUAUAUCAGAAAUAAUAUUUGUCAGAGAAUAUUUAUUGAUGUUGAAGAGAGAAAAUUUAUUAGAAGAAACUAUAGAAUUGAUUGAAUCUAAAAUUAUAUAAAAAUCAGAAUGUAAUAGAAAUAAGAACAAUUGGUCGCGCGUAUACAUAUAAAUAACAAUUUAUCAGCGACAAAUUUAUUAUAAUUUGAGAAAGAGAAAUUAAUCUAAUCGCGCAGGACAGAUUCGUCGAUCGACAAUAAGUCUAUAUCUCGCCGACAAUAAUAUCUUACGUAAUUCUAACGCAACGCCUUAAUUGUGCCGUCUGUCCCGAACAGAUUUAAAAACUAUUAAAACGCAGAAUAUGUACGUCUAAAUAAGAUUUCGAUUUACACGUACGAAUUUUUUCCUCAUUCGAAAGAAACUUCUUUCCACGCUCUCAGUUCUCGAGACCCAUAUGUUAUAUUACGUAAAGAAGAAGAAGGUUUUAUGCGUAUCAUCGAUAGUGUACCAGUUUCUGCAGAAAAAAAAGACACACAUUUCUCUUAAUAUAUUUAUAUCUUAAUAUAUUCGUCUCUUGAUGUUGACAUAUAAUAUAUUACUGUAACUCUUAACUUUUAAAUCUUAACUGUAACUUUUGUAACUUGUAUCUUUUAAAGCAAAGUGAGAAAUAUCUUUUAACGACGAUUAAUCGACAAUAACCGACAGAUCAGCUAUUUAAAUGACAGUUCUCUUGAUUGUUAACAUUAAUUUAAUUCGAUUGGAAAAAAAGCCUGAUAACUAAUCGUUCGCGAAUGAUUUAUCGAGAAAUAGUUGUUCUCUGUCGCGCGAUUUUUUUUUAUCGCAAUAAAUAAAACCAUUGAUCAAUUCGAUCGUUUAUUUGUAUAUAGACAGUAUAGACUUAGUUGUUUUUUUUUUCUUUCGAUAAUAAAU